UUGGUGCGUAUCGCGUGCGCGACGGGAGAUUUUCGGUCCGGUGAAACAGUUCUGUGGAAAUUGUAGUUUUACUUACUAAAUUCUCUUCUGCUGGUGCAUGGUUCCUCGUAACGGCUUCCCAGACACAUUGUAAUAAGUAGCUGCCCCAACAUUGUGCCUGCAGUCGAGCCUCCAGUUAGGCAGUUUAUCGUAGCCGUUGUUUUGUGUCGCAAUUUCCGCCGUGCCCAAUUGGCUUUAAUUCAAUAAUAAGACGACGGUGUAUAACGUGGGUUGUCGGAUGUGCCACUAGGAGAGCAGAAAGUGCGAAGUUAUUUAGUGUCCUGCUCCUGCAGAAAAUUUUCACCGAAAAAAACAAAGAUGAUGGCCAGCUAUUAUGAAAUUUUGCUCAUCUGUGGCAUCAUACUGUUGCCCAUAUUCUACGAAACGUCCCACAAAUUUCGAUACUUUUUCAAAUUCUUCGUGUACUAUUUUGUGGUCAUGAUCAACUCGUUAAUAUUGAUCCCAUUCAUGCUGUUCCGGCCCAAGGAUGUUCGGAAUUUGAUAUGGGCAGGAACACUCUGUCGACCAAUAUCAACGGUUCUUGGCAUCAAAUGGGAACUGCGGGGCGCGGAUAUUCUAUCGCGAGAUGAGGCGUACAUUAUCGUUUCCAACCACCAGAGUUCGCUGGAUGUUCUCGGAAUGCUGGACUUCUGGCACGUGAUGAACAAGUGCACCGUCAUAGCGAAGAAGGAACUGCUAUUCACCGGACCGUUUGGCAUAGCAGCAUGGCUUAGCGGUCUGAUCUUCAUCGACCGGAAGAAGGCUGCAGCAGCACACGUUGCUAUGAACGAUUCCACCACCAUGCUGAAGGAAAAACGCGUCAAGUUGUGGGUCUUCCCGGAGGGUACCCGACGGAAUACCAACGAAAUCCAUGAGUUCAAAAAAGGCGCCUUCCAUGUGGCCGUACGAUCGCAACUGCCGAUCAUGCCGGUGGUGUACAGUUCGUACGGUUCGUUCCUAGACGACAAGGCCAAGAUUUUGAACAACGGCCACGUCAUCGUGACCACAAUGGAACCGAUCGAAACCAAGGGCCUAACCAGCGAUGAUAUCCCGGAGCUGAUUGAACGGGUCAAGAGUGCCAUGCUGGAUACGUUCAAGGCUACCACAAAGGAGGUGGAGAACAAGUACAGUGUCAACAAGAACGGUUCGACCGGGAGCCUCAGUGGAUCUAAAUUGAGACUGCGUUGCAUUGAUGAUCUCAUUAAGCCAAAGCUGUCCAGUCGCAUCAAUGCCACCGCUGAUGGUUCGCCAUCUAAGGAGAGUACCGUCUAUCGGAGGAAGGACUAAGCGGCAUUUGCUCGAUUUUGACAGUGUGAUAAGAUAUAAACCUGAAUUUUAUUUUUGUCAGUGAAAGCAUUCCCUCUAAGAGUGGAAUACCGUAAAUUCAGUUCAACAUUUUACCGAAGGAGUGCGUAUGAUAAGUAGGAAAAACUAAACUAUGACCUAGUGUGAGUAAAGAGUGAGGAAGAGACGCUAGUAACGAAGAAAUUUUGUUGAUUUCCAUAUUUAUUGCUGUAUUUUUUGUACAUUUUUUUUUGUUAUGUUAUUAAAAGUUAUUGUAUUUAAAAUGUGAAGUUGAAAUAAGAAGACACUUUUGACCAUUCCAAGGUUAAAUUUCAAAUUGCAACAACAACAACAUACAAAUAACAGUAGGGUGAAUCAUUUCUAAAAAUGAUUCAUCAAAAACCCAGAUUUUGUCUGUAGAUCUCGCCAUAUAAAAUCGCUAACGAGACUUUUAUUUGAUUCCUGCCAUGAUCCCGUUUUAGUAGACCCCGUACAAACAGUGCGCACUAAUCAACAACGAUAGACAAUGUGCAGUCGGAUUUUGCUUUUCAGUCUGUGUCAUAUUAUAUAGCGUAAGAAUGUUAGUCCAUUAGUUUGAUACAUUUUUGAUCGAAACCCUACAUAAAUGGUGGCGAAAAGAAAACUGGUUGCAACAGAAAUUUGCCAUACUCAAACUAAAUGUAUAUUUAAAAGCAACAAAUUCCGGCUAAAAAUUACCAAAAACUUGUGUUAAAAUAGUAAAUGUUUAGUUUAAGGUAAUGUUGCCCGAAACAACAACUGAAAUUUUCACAUUUUUCGGAUGGAUCGAUACAGUUUUGUCAGAACAAAAAUAAUCUGAAACUAGUUGAUACCUACAUACAUAAAUAGAUUUUUACCGCAGUAAUGCAACAAUGUAAAACAGGAAAGAUGCAAUGUUUUUAAGUAUAGGGUUAUGAUAGGAAUGAGAACACAUAAAGUGAGGUUAUGUCAUCUUAUUUGAGAGAUUAGAAGGAAGGGUUGCAAGUGAUUUUGAUCGACUUUCUCUUGAUAACCACGGCUUUACAAACAUAUUUCGCGCUAUGUCUGCUACAUAGUUUGAUAAAGGACGCAUCAAAGCAUGGAAAAUCAUUUACAUUCAUUUCGUGCAUUCAUGUACAUUAAUUUGUCUCUAACUUUUUUCAUCAACAAAAUUAAGAAUUCCAUAAAAUGAUUAAUGAAGCUAUUGUAGGUUUUAUAACUAACUACAACUUUUGUGAAUAAUUCAAAUCUGUAUCUCUUAUGCAUGGUGAAACAGAGCGUCCAGAACCCACCAUUGUUUUUCAGUGAAUGUAAAUUACAUUCACUGAAAAACAAUAAUAAGUUCUAGUUCGUCGAGCAGAAGAUAUACAGGUUUGUGUUAUCUACAAUACUUAUAGCUAAUCAUAAAACCUACAAAAGCUUUAUACAUCAUUUUGCGGAAUUCUGUUGAUGAAAAAAAUUAGAGACAAGUGAAUGUAAAUGAUUUUCAAGGAAUGUGUUUGCAGCCGAGUUAUUAACGAAAGAGAAAGUUGACGAAGAGAAUCGAUCAAAGUCACUUACACCUAUUUCCUUCUAACCUCCUAAUUUGAAAUUAUUGUUCAAUGCAAUUCAAUCAUGAUGUAAGUAAGAUCAAAACAAUGUAGGGACACAAUUUUAGUUCAUUUUUAUUUCAUAUCAAGCCGGACAUAAAAGAUUUUGUGCACGUUGAGUCCUAGACAAUGUAUUUUUAUCAUAAACUUUAACAGGAAACAUCCAAGCGCUUUGUAUUGUAAUCCCGUUCAAAUACAAUAAUAAAGUAUUCUUCA